UAUGACAUUGAGUUUGAUGAUGCUACCUCUCACAUCACUAUCAAGAGGAAAAGCACCGGCACCGUGCUGUGGGAUGCAUCCCUGAAUGAUCUGAUUUUUUCCAACCAGUAUCUACAGAUUACAACUACAGUGCCAUCCACCUCAGUGUACGGGUUUGGUGAACACGAGCACCCAUCCUUCAAACACAGCAUGAACUUUGCUACUUAUGGCAUGUUUAGCAGGGAUCAGUCGCCAACGACAUUUGCUAAUCUUUAUGGGGUUCACCCUUUCUAUAUGUGCGUAGAGACUGACUCCAAUGCCCAUGGUGUUCUCCUGCUGAACUCCAAUGCACAAGAUGUUUCUCUGAGUCCAAAUCCAUCCCUAACUUUCCGCACUAUUGGAGGCAUCCUGGACUUCUAUAUGUUCCUUGGGCCCACGCCUGAAAACGUAAUCCAGCAGUACACUGAGGCUAUUGGACGCCCACACAUGCCUGCCUACUGGUCUCUGGGAUUUCAGCUCUCCCGAUGGGGAUAUGGAAGCAUUGACGUUUUAAAGGAAACAGUUGAUCGCAUGCACUACUAUGAUAUCCCCUAUGAUGUUCAGCAUUCCGACAUUGAUUACAUGGAACGUCGUCUGGACUUCACCUAUGACAAAGAAAAUUACGCCGGUCUGCCAGAGUACAUUAAGCAUCUGAAGAAAGAAGGAAUGCACUAUGUCUUGAUUCUGGAUCCUUUCAUAAGCAAGGAUGAAGAACCGGGUACUUACAGGCCUUAUGAUCUCGGAGAAGAAAUGGGAGUCUGGGUGAAUAAUUCUGAUGGUGUAACUCCUGCUGUUGGAAAGGCCUGGCCUGAUGGACAUUCCGUGUUUCCUGACUACACUAACCCCAGGACAGUUGAGUGGUGGACUCAGAUGUGUUUGGAGUUGAAGGAUGUCCUCGACUACGACGGGAUCUGGAUUGAUAUGAAUGAACCAUCCAAUUUUGACAGAGGCCARUACCCUGGAUGUGCUGUUAAUGAGAUCAAUAACCCUCCUUACAUUCCUAGCAUUUCUGAUCGCGCCCUGGCUCAAAAGACUUUGUGUCCUGAUUCCAAGACGUACCUGGGAGACCAUUAUAACACUCACUCUCUCUUUGGCUGGUCACAGACUGCACCAACUUUCCAUGCUGCCCAGAAAGCUACUGGAAAGCGAGCGUUUGUCUUAAGCCGGUCUACGUUCGUUGGGAGUGGGAAACACGGGGGUCACUGGCUUGGGGACAACUUUUCACAGUGGAAAGACAUGCACCAGUCAAUCAUCGGAAUUCUGGAAUUUAACCUCUUUGGGAUUCCCUAUGUUGGUGCUGAUAUCUGUGGGUUUAAUUCUGACACUACCUAUGAACUCUGUCUGCGCUGGAUGCAGCUUGGCUCUUUCUAUCCAUUUUCCAGAAACCACAAUGCAGAGGGAAACAGUGCGCAAGACCCAGCAGUGUUUGGAGCAGAGUUUGCUAAGAUAUCUCGAGACACGCUUCGGAUCAGAUACUCGCUGCUGCCGUAUUUGUACACCUUAUUCUAUGAGUCUCAUGUUCAUGGCAACACAGUGGCACGGUCCCUGAUGCACGAGUAA